CCUUCACCUUCCACGAGGGACAUCCUGUCAAACUUGUUUUCCUUUCCCAAAGAGCGUCACAUGCAGUAAUUUCACUUUGUCUGCCGACCUAAUUGCUUGGUUUUUAAAACACCCUAACCGCAAAGAAUGGCGUAACUUAUGUACUGAGUAUUUACUUGCAAAACAAACGAUUGCUGCGAAAAAAUGGCGGGGAAUACAAGCUGGCGAAUGGAUGAUUUAGAUGGUGGAUUAUCAACCGAUUUAUUCAAUCUUUCCGGUCUUGGGAACGAGCUAAGCACCAAUCCAGGUGCCUAUAAUAUGAGCGAUGUACUCAAUUUACCCAUCUUUAAAGAUAAUUCUUCUGUGUUUGAAGAGUUACAUGGAGCUACAAUCACGGCUGAAAAUGGUGUUCGUCAGCCAAUUGCUGAAAAUCCAUGUCAGCAAGUAAAAAAAGAGUCGUCACCUAUGUUGUCUUGCAAUCAUACUGCAGUGUCUUCAGAUACAGAGCUCAGCAACUUUUGUUUCAUCCUCAAAGCACCUACUGCCCCUGGCAAAAAAGUGAAUGAAGAUACUCUAACAUAUCUUAACCAAGGUCAGUCCUACCCUAUAGAUGUACAAUAUAUUGGCAGUAUAUCCCUCUUCAAAGGCAGUUUAUUAACGAGUGUUGUCACAUUAACAUUUUACGAAAGAAAACUUCAAGUUGUUGAAGCAGAAAAGUUUGAAGAAUGGAGAAACAACCAUCCAUUGGAGAGAAUAUUUGAAAUUGAUGUCCCUAUGUCAACUGGACUUCAAAAUAUCAGAAGCAAAGGCAACUUAACCAAUGCUUACGAAUUCGAUUGGAAUCCAGAGGAAGAUCAAAUUAAACUUUACAUAAUUAUUAAUUGUGUGAGCUCUGAGUUCACGAAAGGAAAGAGUGGUGGAGAGAGUGGAGUGCCUCUACAAAUACAGAUAGAGACUUGGAGUAUAGAUGCUUCUUUUGAUGAGUUGCCGAUGUCUUGUAAUUUUUGUCAGGUGAAAGUGUUUAAGUCUAAAGGUGCUGACAGAAAACACAAAAUGGAAUUACAGAAGCUUGAGAGCAAAUCUCACGACGAAAUUGGUCAACUGCAGAUGUCAAAUGAUUUUACUUUACUAAAAGAGCAACCACUAGAAAAGAAGGAGAAGCCAUUAUGGACAUCCCCUAACCCAAUUUCUCCAAGGGGUGUGACUGCUGAUUCACCUGCUGUAGCGGCGGCUGCUGCUUCUCCAAGCAUCCUUAGCUCACCCUCGGCCAUAAAUCAGUCUGCCAGCACACCAUCCCCUCAUGAGCUGACUUCUGAGUCCAGCAUUGAGGAGACAAGAGUGUGGCUACAAGCUAACAGAUUCCAUAACUAUGUCAGCAUGUUUGCAAACUAUACUGGUGCAGACUUGUUGAGGCUAACUCGACAAGAUGUCAUCCAAAUCCUUGGCCCUGCUGAUGGCAUUCGGUUGCACAAUGCUCUCCAAUCAAGGGCUGCUCGACCAUUACUGACCCUGUAUGUAAGUCUGGAGUCCACCCAGCAAGUGUCUGGUAUGAAGGAGUACCAUGCUAUGUUCCUAGAAGCACUCACCCUACACCACCUGCGAAAGAAACUUGCAAACAAAUGCAGCAUCACUGAGGAUCAGAUUGUGGCGGUCUACAGGCAAGGACCAACUGGCAUAUAUGUGUUGGUGGACGAUGAGAUGGUUCGAAACCUUAUGGAUGAAGCACAUUUUGUCCUGCAACUCCAUAGAGAGGAGGAAACAAGUUUAUAUCGCCUGAUACUCAAAUAGAUUAGAAAUGGAUUACAAGGUGAAUGCUAUUAGACACCUGUUCAAGAAUAAGAUCAUGAGGCCAAGAUAAGAUGAAUACUACUAUCACAAGAUGCAUCCUUCUGCCAUAUGUAAUCAGACACUGCUGCCUAUCCAAACACAGAUACACUUGCCGUUCAGCACACAGGGAGUGUAUCACGAUGAAUGGGAAGGGGGAGCAGGGGGCCUGAAUCCAAAUGUGCGGCCCAUGAGAUAUGAUAAUGAAGUGCUGAAAAAUCAAUCCUUACAGAAAAUGAUUAAUAUGAUAGCUUUUGUAGAUACAGUAUGAAUAAAGUGAAAAAAACAAUA